AUGUCCUCUCCAAACGGUCGCAAGAAGUUCGAGGAGAUCCAGAAUAAAAGACGGGCCGGUACUGACUAUGGUAUAUCAUCUGCUAAGGCAAGACGAAUACUGGACGAGAAUAUGGAAGAUGAAGACGACGAAGACGACGAAGAGACAUUACAGCUCAAGCUUGCUGCUAUAGAGGCUCGACUGAAGCUGAAAAAAUUGCAGCAGAGCAAGGCACGGCUCAAACAGGCUGACUCGGAGACAGAAUCAUUCGAAGGCCCCUCGGGGAUUAUAAGCCCGAGGCCCGACGGCCAAGGCUAUCAUGGAAACCGGUUACUGGGAGAACGGAAGAGGAAGGCUACCGAUAUGCCAUUCCAAGAGAAUAUACAAGUUCCUCUUUCUCCAAUAAAGAGGCCGCCUCCACUAGCACCUCCGGUAUCUCCACAAAGGGUUAUCCUGGGCAUUGACAAGGGGCGCAAGGCACCGGAUGUCUCCUUGAGACGUCCCAAAACAUUGGGUCAAAAUGCUUAUGAAAACAAGCAAACAACCGGUAACCGCGCUGGAAAUCUCUUUACCAGAGGUAGUAGCCGUGAGACGCAGCUACUACCACCUGAUACCACUAAUCGCCUUGAUAAUUUCAAAAGCUUCAGCGACCGGAUGCUGGAGAGUAGGGCCAAUGAUAAGGAGCGAAGAGAUAAGUCAUGGGCAUUACAACGGAAGAGAACCGCCGGUUUUGGUGUUGACAAGAACGAACUGGAGCGGUUCCAUGCGGCAGUAAAGGAAUCAACCUUUAAUUUUGGAGCCGUUCCUACAAAACAUGAACGGUUUACCUCUCCCGUACGUGCCGCACAACCAUCUUCUACGGAAAAUAUACCGCCUACGUCACCGUCCAAAAGAGACCGCGGUCAAUUGCCGGGGCUUGGCCGAAGUAAUUCAGAGACUAGGGCGACCUACAUAGCCCGAAGUGAAUCAUCGUCCUCCACGGGAGCUGAAGUCAAGCCAGCGGACCCAACAAAGUUCGAGCCCUUCUCCUCUUUACAUCUAUCUACGCGCAUUUUACCCCAUUCAUUCCUUAAACGCACACUCGAUUCUAAAACAACCAUGCGCAUACCGGACCUCCUACGAACAGUAAAGGGGCCAGACUUUGAAUCUCCUGAGAUAGAGGGAGACUUUGUUGUGUUUGGUAUUGUGGGAUCCAAGUCGGCACCCAAAGAACAUAAAGAGAAGAAAAUCGGAGGGGAAAAGAAUGACGAUGAGUCUGAAGAUGGGCAUAAUGCAAACAAAUACAUGGUUCUAACCUUGACGGAUCUGAAAUGGACCAUUGACCUCUUUCUAUUUUCUACGGCCUUUCCCCGUUACUAUAGACUUGCUCCUGGGACCUUAAUCGCUGUUUUAAAUCCAGCAAUAAUGCCACCCCCGCGCCAUAAACUGGAUACAAAUGCAUUCAGCUUGACAUUACAUUCAUCGGAGGAUACAAUUCUGGAGAUUGGGACUGCCCAGGAUAUAGGAUUUUGCAAGGCGGUUAAAAGAGACGGCAAAGUGUGCGAGUCCUGGAUUGACUCUCGCAAGACGGAAUAUUGUGAUUUUCAUAUAGAAGCACAGCUUCGCAAAACCACGUCCGGCAGGAUGGAAGUUAAUAGCGGGCCUGGAAUUUCGACCAGAUUCGGAUCUCGAUUUACCGGAUUCCGCGGCGCAAAACGAGAACAAAACGGCUUUCAGGGGAACCGCAUGCGGAGUAAUACGGAUAAUGGAGGAAGCUAUGACCGGGCAACAGGUACCAGAUACUACGUUGCUCCAGCUGCAACUUCAACUGGCGGAAACAGACAAAGCCAAUUUCCAGGCAGAAAUGGCACUACAUCCAGUCUACUAGAUGCAGAUGACCCAUUUAUAGAUGCUGGAUCUUUCGACCGAGGAGGAAAUACAAAAGCAGAACGACUACGGAAACGUCUUGCAGACCAGGAAAGAGAGCGUACCAUAGCUAGGUCACUGGGAGAAUUCAAGGGGGUUGGAGCUGAAUACCUUCGGGCCCAACACAAGGACAUUAACGAAGCCGAAGGUAAAGGCUCUUCGACUACUGUGACCGCUAACUCAAACCCUACCAACAAUAAGAGCGGAAGUGAUAGCAGUUUUGGAAACGAUCCUUUCCUUGGCCUCGACAACCUCCAAAAAAACGCAAAGGGCAUCAAACUUAAACGCGGCAAGGACGGUAAUGCGCAGACAACAGUGAAGAAGACGAGGUUUAUUACUGCUAAUGGCAUCAGAGAGGCUGGUAGAGAUAGCCUUGGACGGGCCACACGGGAUGCAACGGAUUAUAAUGAUGACUUGGACAUUGUAUAG